AAGCAUCAUGGGUAUAAAACAAGACAGGAUAUUGCACUACUCGUUAGGGUCUUUCUAACAAAAAUUGUCACAAUCUGAAAUCGAUCUACCACCUCGGGUGUUUCCCUCGACAGCUAUCAAAAGGUUUUGAAAGCUGUUUAUUGAAAUCAGACAUAGUUUGAAUUAUUUAAAGUAGAAUUUGACUGUCAGAAAAUAGUAAUAAGACUUUAAGUUUUAACCUUCAGUAAUGCUAUAAGGUCUGAUCCCGAAUGAAGAUUCCCCAAUCGUUUUCUGUUAAAGUCAUAAAACUUUUGUUUCGGUCUUUAAUUAAGAUGAAACAUUCGGUGGUGCAAUAAAAUUCAGUAAAGAAUAUAAUCGAAGUUUAGCUGCCUUGAAAAAGUUUAAACGUGUAUCAAAAAAUUCCUAUUCAUACACAACAGGGUUUGCAUCGUGGGUUGGUUUUCGUACUAAUACCACGAUAAUUGUUAAAAAUGGUGUUGUCAUUGAACGAAAAUAUAUUUUUGAUCAUCCAAGACAAAAUAAAUUUAUAACAUGGAAUGAAAACAAAUCCAAUUUAAAUUCACAUCAAAAUAGUGGCGCAGCAGAACCAAUAACACUAGAUACAAUUUAUAAAAGAUGUAAAGAUGAUUUGCUUGUUGAUAAUGAAGAAAAAAUAUACGAUUUUAAAACAGAUAAAAAUGGUCUUAUAUCAAUAUGUGGAUAUACGGACAAAAGGUGUGCUGAUGAUUGUUUUCGUGGAAUAACAAUUAAUAUAAUUAAAAAACAAUAA